AUGGAACAUAAAGAUUUUCACAGAAGAGAUUCUGCUUCUGUUUUAUCUACAAUAGCUGAAUUAGAUAGAUUUAUUCAGUAUAGAAAAAUUACUAUUUCUUUAGUUGAAAGUUGGAAUGGAGUGAUGAAAGGGUAUAUUGAACAAACUGAGAAUGGAAUUUCUGAAUAUUUAGUUAGUAUUCCACCUGGAAUUGUUAGUGGAACUAAAGUAAAUCCAAUUAACAAAUUAACUGGAUGCAAAGAAGAGUUUGAAAUUGAAAUUGAAGUUCUCGCAGAUGAGACAGAAUGGAGAGAUGGAGAUGAUAUUAAAACGUAUGCCUUUGGAAAAAAUGAUGUUGUUCAUGUCUCUGGGAAACGGUAUUUAGUUCCAGAAGAAGUAAAGACUGGAAAAUGUAAAGAGUAUGAAAUUGAAAACAAUAAUAUAAAUAUGGGCUUUGGAGAUAAAGGAAAAUGGAUUUUAGUAUCAGAGAAAAAAGAAGUACAUAAUCUAAAUAAAUUAGAUAGCUUAAUUAACAGUAUUAAUAUUAUGAAUAAAAACUUAACUCUUAGCUAUAACGAAUGUAUGAAAAAAAAUGAAGAAAUUAUGCUACUAGAAAAUAAACUUAAGACUAUCGAUAAACACUGUAUUAGUACCAAUGACACAAAUGGAACACCUAGGACUCAUGUUAGUAAUAGUGAAACAACUAAUGAAAGUGAAACAAGUGAAGAAAAUAAAACAAGUGAAGGAAGUGAAGAUAAUAAAAUAAGUGAAGGAAGUGAAACAACUAAAGAAAGUAAAACAAGUGAAAAUAGUGAAACAACUAAAGAAAAUGAAAUAAUAGAAGGAAGUAAAACGACUAAAGAAAAUGAAACAAGUGAAGAAAGUGAAACAAAUAAAGAAAGUGAAACAAAUAAAGAAAGUGAAACAAAUGAAGAAAGUGAAACAACUAAAGAAAGUGAAACAAAUAAAGAAAGUGAAACAACUAAAGAAAGUGAAACAAAUGAAGAAAAUGAAAUUAGUAAAGAAAGUGAAACAACUAAAGAAAGUGAAACAAAUGAAGACAAUAAAACAAAUAAAGAAAGUGAAACAAAUAAAGAAAGUGAAACAAAUAAAGAAAGUGAAACAACGAAAGAAAAUAAAACAACUAAGGAAAAUGAAAUUAGUAAAGAAAGAAAGAAAAAUAAAACAAUUAAAGAAAAUAAGGUUGACGAACAAUGCAAACAACCAGUUAAUACUCAAAAUUUAGAAGUUAAUAUAGACAAACAAACUGGUCAAAUAUCAAAAACAAAUGGUGCCGUUUCUAUUGAUAUGCCUAAAACAAGUUCAGGCAAAUUGCAAAAGGAUGUGGAAGGAGACUCUUCUUCUCAAAAGUCCAAUUGUUGCUGCACGUUAUUAUAG